GGAAGUUCUGCAAGACAAAUUGGACUGUACCCGGACACCGUCGGGCUUAACUAAACGCUAGUCCGUCGACGUUAUAGUAGCAGCCGACGCUCGGCAAACGCUAUCGACACCAAGCUUUCACCACCAAAACACCCCGAAGAAACGCCUGCUGAUUACGAAUGACGAAUCCUCACUUAAUGAUUGUGCACUCUUCACUCAAGCGAGGCACCAGGACCCCGUCGCAACUGCCGAAUUCCCGGUUGGUGUACCUGGCGCCUUCCCCUGAAGCUUAUCUUGCGGGGGGUCAACGCGGCCUGGCCUGCAUGAUCGGCCCUGAAUGUUGCAUCCUCGUGCGGAGCACACGAUCUAGCCUGCACUAGUCUGGCACCGGCCUGCAUUAUAAUUAUGGCGUUGUUCAAGUCGUCAUUAGCGUUGUGGUGCGCCCGGCUUGUUGAUCUGAGAAGGAUAAAGACGUCCUCUCCCAUCGUGGAUGGGCUUGCUCUGUUGCUAGUAUUGCUCUUGCUUCUUUGGGAGGGCGCUAUCUCUGUGUCGCUACAGUGGUCAAUACUGAGGAAUUUUGCGAGCCUUCACCCAUCCUGGGCAGAUCAACUUACAGUUGCAAAGGGCGGUUCGAAGCACGCCGGUGCAACAUCUGGUGACUUUAGCCGAUCCAGGUCGACUUAUUGGGUAGAUCUUUGUUUAUUGAGGAUCAAUCUCGUUGCAACCAUCUCGAUGAUGAUCCUAGGCUUGCUGCUUGCCCUUGGGCAAGUUGAACGUAUAUACGCCGCAUCCUCAUCUACAGGCGUUCUCGAUGUGUUCGAGGUCUACCAGCCCGUCACAUUUGCUCCCAAAAGUGAUAAUUGGUGCAACACGGAGAUGCUAUUGAUGGAUCACGUCUUUGGGGAAAGCUAUGGGGUGCCGUUCGUAGGAAGCUACGAGCCUCCAAGUUGCAAGUUUGAUACCGUGAGGAUCAACAUGACCGUCACUUCUAGCGGUCACCAGUAUGACCGACUGGCUCUGAUGUACCUGGGCGAUGCAGAGGUCUUCCGCACCUCGACUGCUGAGCCGACGUCCACGGGGAUUGUGUGGACAUAUAUCAAGGAGAUGUCGCAGUAUAAUGCUCUGUGGGCAGAACCACAAAAGCUGAUUUUUGAUCUGGGCAAUAUCAUUACCGAUGUGUAUACGGGACCAUUCAAUGUCACGUUGACGGCGCACUUCUCCUAUACGAAGAAUGCGAGAAGCGCAGAUAUUAUUCUUCCUAUCUCGGCCAAGAACUCCGCUUCUAACUCCUCAAGUGCGUUCACGGUUCCCACUGACAACACGACCGUCUCUUACACCAUCCCUGACACUGUAUCUCGGGCUGUGGUUGCUAUCUCCGCCUGUGGUCAAUCCGAGGAGGAAUUUUGGUGGUCGAAUGUUUUCUCCCAGGAUACGGAUGAUUUCACUACGACCGUUGGCGAGCUAUACGGUUACUCUCCUUUCCGAGAGAUCCAGCUAUACAUUGACGGUAUCCUCGCUGGCGUCGUUUGGCCAUUCCCCAUCAUUUUCACGGGUGGCGUGGCACCCGGAUUCUGGCGACCAAUUGUCGGCAUUGACGCCUUUGAUCUUCGCCAGCCGGAGAUUGAUAUCUCGCCUUUCCUUCCACUGGUGCAAGAUGGCCAAACACAUUCGUUCGAGAUUCGGGUCACGGGGCUGAGCAUUACUGAUGGAACUGCCUCCCUUGCUGACACCGUGGGCUCGUACUGGGUGGUCACUGGAAACAUCUUCCUCUACACUGGGGACAAAGCUAGUUCGAAGAAGAACACCGUUCCUCUCGUGGAAGCCCCUGUGCCCAAAUUCACCGUCACUCGACACGUAGUUCAGAACAGCACCGGGGGAAACGACACAUUGUCAUAUUCAGUGACAGUAGAACGGACCUUUACUGCAGCAUCCUCCGAUUACUCGUGGUCUCAAAAGCUGUCCUUUUCCAACUACGGCUACCUUAAUCAAGAUGGAUACAGCCAAAUCAACAAACAACUUACUUCGGGAAAGAACACCAUCUCCCAACUCGGAAGCAAAUCAAGCUCCAAUGAAACCACCUUCAGCUAUCCCCUCCUCGUCAACACAACCUACGGCAUCACAACAAACUCCCUCACGAUCGAUGCAUGGAUGGAGCGAGGGCUAGAUAUUGAAUCAUCUGGUGGUCCGGGAAUAUCGGUUUUUACCUUCGUCUCUGGGCCAUCUCAGUUGCACACUACCCAAUCCGGGAACGCAACAUAUCAGUCGGUAACGGGCUCAAGCUCAGUCUCGACUGGUAACACGGCCGAUGAGUUCAACAGCGUUGCGAACGGACUCUCAUAUUCAAGAUCUGUCAGUGCUGUGAACGGGAGUGUAGUCUCUGAUACCCAGGCGGGCGCUAAGAAGGUGUCGAAUGACAUGACUGCGUUGGGUCGAGGUAGCGUGCGGAGUAUACUGGGAAGAGGACCGGGUAGCCCGUCAACUUAGCAAUUAGUCAAGUUAGGGAUUCGUAAACUAGGUAUCAACUUGCCUUGACUUUGUAUACAAUCGUGGGUCGGAUUGCUCAUACAGAAGAUUCGUUGUGUCGCGUUGCAUGAAUAGGCUUUUACUGUUGAGUUCAACGCUCUAUUGUAUAUUGAAUCAUGUUGAAGGUAGACGUUUG